UUCGGACUAUGCCGUUGACGCACUCCACAGUCCCACAUCCACUCAGAGAGACGCGGUUUCCAGAGGAGCAACUGUACUUGGAACCACAUUAGUGUCUUUCCAGCUUUGAAAUGUAUCUUAAGAUGCUAAAUUUGUUUUUAUUUUUAUAUGUACUUCAAGGACUGAAUUGUUUAAUUGCCGCGCAACAAGCUGCGCCCUGGAGGAACCGGAUCCAGUGGGUGAAUAACGGCCAAGUGUUCAGUUUAAGGAGCACCGGGUCUGAGUAUCACGCACCUGUACCGUCCAGGAGACAGUCCAGGGUUCAUCUGAGCAGCAACAGAGAUGCAGCCCGUGACAGGACGAUGCACACCCGAGUAGGGACAUCCAGUUCUGUGGCUGAGAGACAUACCAAUAGCGCGACAACCGCACUUCUGGGUCCUGACAGCAUGCAGUAUGUAGUGGCCAACAGCCGCGCACCUGGUGCCAGGCAAGUGCAUGUGCGCCAGAGAUCCAGGGGUCCUCCAGGAACCGUCCUGUCUGAAUACUCAGGUGGGGGUGUCCCUGGAAGAAACCCGCCAGCUGUUGCUAAUAUUGAACAGUUUGUUGCGCCAACGGUGAAUCCCAACACAUUUCCAAACCGUGACUAUGCGCCCGAGCAAGGAACAACAUUGGAUAAUAUAUCAGGCGAUGAUUCACGAAGCAGGAAUACGGUGUUCUACAACAUCUACCCACCAGGUAGUAGGAACAACAUCCCCCGACGCCCUCCGCCAGGAACCGGGCACGGCACCAGAUAUUUCCACAACGGUCUUCCAGACCUUGUUCCAGAUCCGUAUUCUAUCCAGGCGGGCUCGUAUAUCCAGCGCGUCCAGAUGUACGCGCUCCGCUGCGCCGCUGAGGAGAACUGCCUGUCACGGUCCGCAUACAAUCCGACAGUGAGAGAUUUGGACUACAGGGUUCUGCUGCGGUUCCCGCAGAAAGUCAGAAACAUGGGAACAACUGAUUUUCUGCCGGUCAAACCCAGACAUGAGUGGGAGUGGCACAGCUGUCAUCAGCACUAUCACAGCAUGGACGCGUUCAGUCACUAUGAUCUCUUGGACACCAACACUGGACUAAAGGUUGCUGAAGGACACAAGGCGAGCUUCUGUCUGGAAGACACUGGCUGUGAUCCCGGCUUUCAGCGCAGAUAUGCCUGCACUGUACACACCCAGGGUUUGAGUCCAGGUUGCCAUGAUACAUAUGCAGCCAAUAUUGACUGCCAGUGGAUUGACAUAACAGAUGUUCCUCCAGGAAGCUACAUUCUUAAGGUCACAGUCAAUCCAAACCUCCUGGUGCCUGAGUCUGACUUCUCCAAUAACGUUGUGCGUUGUGAAGUCAUUUACACCGGCCAUUUCGUCCAAACACGAAACUGCAGAAUAACUGGGAAUUAAAGACACCGGAUCCUGUAAAUGUAUUUCUGUCCCUAUUUAAUAAGGAUUUUUAAGUAAUGUUUUUGGAAUAACAUUUAAUAUGUAAUUAUUUUUGUAUUAAUUUGAUUUCUUGCCCUGGUGCAAGCAGCAAAAUUGAGUUUUGAGUCUCAUCAGCAUUGUGUUUGCAAAGUCUGCUUUACAAUAGAAUGUAAAUUUCUUCAUGCAACAUUUAUAUUAAAUUAAGAAUCAUUAGUUAUAGUUGAGGUUUUUACUGUAUGUUUGUAUCCUAUUGCUCUUUAGUGUUUGUAUUUAUUGCAUAGAUUAUGAAAAGUAUACAUUUCCUUUAAACUGAUAACUUUUAUCUGGGUGUUCAUAGUAGUUGAGCGUUUUUCUCCAGUGCAGAACACUAGUGUAACAUUUACAUUUGAAAUACUCAAAAGAGUUGAUAUUCCAGUUUUAGCUUAAACGCUAAAGCUUUGUGAAGACUGUGUUUCAUUUGCCAUGAUUAUUACAAUCGCUUCAUGAAUCCUGGACUUGGAUGGACGAAGCCAUCUGGCUUGAGAUCCAAUAAACAUAAAAAUG